GUGAGGGGGGGAAACACGCGAAAACACUCCCCUCUUCUCUUCUUUUUAUUUCCUGUCAGUUUGUUUUAUUUCCUGCUGCCAGAAACCAGGAACCGGGACUGAAGCGAGCCGCAGCUCGGAGGAUGAAGCCGAACUAGCCCCGCUGGUCGCGGCUCCGCGCUCGUUUUUCUGGAUUUAUUCCGCUGUGGAGGGAAAAAAAAGCAGAAGAAGCGACCCGGUGCGCACAGAGUCCCCUCUACUCUUCCUCUUCCUCUUCCUCUCCUCUUCCCCCCUCCUGUCUCCUCUCCAUCUCUCUGUCCGUCUGCUGUGUCCAUGUUUGUAGGUGAUUUAGCUAAAAUGCACCAUCAUCAGCAGCGGAUGGCCGCGUUGGGGACGGACAAGGAGCUGAGCGACCUGCUGGAUUUCAGCGCGAUGCCAAACAGCGAUUUGAAAAUGUUCCCAACAUCCAUGAUGUUUUCCCCUCCUGUUAGCAGUGGAAAGAACGGACCCACCUCCCUGGGGAGCGGACAUUUCUCCGGCUCAAGUAUGGAGGAAAGAACAAAUGCAGCUUCAUGGGCGAGUGGAAGUCGCUCCUCUAAGAGUUACGCCGACGGAUCGCAGUUCAUGGCGUCACAUGACAGCCUCUCGCCUCCGUACUCAAACUCCAGGCUAACAGGUAAAUCGGAGAGGAGUUCUUACCCGUACGGCAGGGAGUCCAACCCACACUGCCAUCAGGCGGUUCUGGGCGGCGAGCUGGCGAUGGGCAGCCCCAGCGCGGCGUCGCCCACCAAGCCGGCGGGUCAGUACUACCAGCACUACGGGUCCAACCCGCGCAGGAGAGCGCUGCACAUGGACGCCAUGGAGGUCCACACAAAAAAAGUGCGGAAGGUCCCUCCCGGCUUGCCGUCCUCAGUUUACGCUCCGUCUGCCAGCACAGCCGACUACAACCGGGACUCGCCUGGUUACCCGUCCUCCAAGCCUCCCAGCGCCGGCUUCCCCAGCUCCUUCUUCAUGCCAGAUGGUCACCACAGCGGCGACCCCUGGAGCAGCAGCAGCAGCAGCAUGAGCCAGCAGGGUUACCAUAGCAGCAUGCUGGGGGGCGGGAACUCGGCGCACGGCCCCGCCCAGAGCUCCUCCUACUGCGGGAUCCACCCUCACGACCGACUGAGCUACCCGUCGCACUCCUCGUCCGCAGACCUCAGCUCCAGCCUUCCUCCCAUGUCCAGCUUCCACAGGGCCGGCGGCGGCGGCGGGGGCGGAGCCAAUCACUACAGCACCGCCUCCUGCACCGCCUCCACCAACGGCACAGACAGCGUCAUGGCUAACCGAGCACAGAGCGGCACCGCCAGCAGCUCCCAAACCGGAGACGCCUUAGGGAAAGCCCUCGCCUCAAUCUACUCUCCAGAUCACACCAACAACAGCUUCUCGUCCAACCCCUCCACCCCGGUCGGCUCGCCGCCAUCACUCACAGCUGCCAGUUCAGCCGUCUGGUCGAGGAACGGAGGACAGGGAGCGUCGUCGCCGAACUACGAGGCUCCGCUGCAUUCACUGCAAAGUCGCAUCGAGGACCGGCUGGAGCGCCUGGACGACGCCAUCCACGUGCUGCGGAGCCACGCCGUGGGGCCGUCCACGGGCAUGGCGAGCGCGCACGGCGACAUGCACAACCUCAUCGGAGCCGCGCACACGCACAACGGCGCCAUGGGCGCGCUGAGCAGCGGCUACGGGACGGGACUGCUGUCGGCCAAUCGGCACUCACUAAUGGUGGGCUCUCACAGAGAAGAUGGCGGCAGCGUGGGCAGUUUACGUGGCGGCCACUCCAUGGGGGGUCAGGUGUCGGUUCCUCAGCUGCCGGUCCAGUCGGCGACCUCACCGGACCUCAGUCAGCCCGACCCGUACCGUGCCCUGUCCGGCGGCCUCCAGGGUCAGAGCACGUCCUCGGUGAGCUCGGAGAUCAAGUCUGAGGACGAGGGAGACGAGAACCUGCUGCAGGACAACAAGUCGCUGGACAAGAAGGACGACCUGGACAAGGAGCUCAAGGCCAUAGAGAGGUCAAGAUCUAGCAACAACGACGACGAGGAUUUGAGUCCGGAGCAGAAGAUGGAGCGGGAGCGGGAGCGCAGGAUGGCCAACAACGCCCGGGAGCGGCUGCGUGUCCGCGACAUCAACGAGGCGUUCAAGGAGCUGGGCAGGAUGGUGCAGCUCCACCUGAAGAGCGACAAGCCGCAGACCAAGCUACUGAUCCUGCACCAGGCCGUUGCCGUCAUCCUCAGUCUGGAGCAGCAAGUCAGAGAGAGGAACCUGAACCCCAAGGCGGCCUGCCUGAAGCGCCGCGAAGAGGAGAAGGUCACCGUCACAUCAGAUGGGACGCCCCUCUCGCUGGCCGCCGCCCACCACGCCGCCGCCGCCGCCAUGGGCGAUGGACCAAACCCCAUGGGACAAAUGUAAACCGCAGCAAACUCUCCUCCCCCUGAAUGGUCCAAGGUGCCAGAGUUCAUCAGGAUGAUGAGUGACCACUUCCUCUGACGGCGUUUUCCACCAACCAAUCACGCGCGCCGCCUCUCGCUCCAGCCCGACCAAGUAGUUCCUCCGGGUCAGAUCCGCCUUCGUCUCCUCUGUGAUCUGUCGUCUCCUCUUCGCCGCAAUUUUCUUCUUCUUCUUCUUCUUCUUCAGUCGAGAAAAUCGGACUUCAGAAUCGCAUUCGUCGCUUUCCGGACAUUUCGAAACGGCAACGGACAAAUUUCUUUGGAUCCGCCCAAGGAACUCUUGUGCUACGUGUUUUAUCAGCAUUCCCAGGACAAAAAGGCUCUAUAUAGAUAUAUAUAGUAAAUAUAUAUAUAUAUAUGUGUGUAAGAAAACAGAAAAAGUUUAAAAACUUGAGUCGGGCAGCGAGGAAGGUUGGGGUUAAGGAGGGAGCAAACAUAUCACAAAGUGUUUAAAGAGAUUCUUGUUUUUUAACGCAACAUUUGCGCAGCAGUUGAGCGCAGCCUCGACACGGCUCUCUAGCGCCGCACUGUGGAUGAAGCUGUGCCUCACCUCCUCACACGCACAUGGAGAGGAUUCUGAAAAAAAACUCCCUCAAACUUCCCCAGGAAAGCUUAGGAAGAAGACAAACCGGCACCCCGCAGGAGCGCUUAAGUGCUUCUCUGCAAACCUGCACAAACUCAUCGUGUUUCUGUAGAGGUAAAAGUACAAAAACGCUUGGGAUUAGCGACCAAACGGCCCGGAUAGAGCGAAGAGUCACUGAGCAGACCAAACGGCGCUAACGCUAGCUUAGCUCGACAAAUCACGGAGAGAUGAAGGGAAACUUGGACUGGACAGCAAAGCGAAUCACAUUCCUUGAGCCUCGCUACUUGAAUCAAGAGCUCCAACAUGGAAACACAAAGCGAGGGUCAGAGGAGGCCAGGGAACAAUCACCAUGGCGACGGGGAAGCAUUCCCGCUCCGAUCCCAAUCCUGCCCGCGCUCCGACACCGAUGAAAGGGGGCUUCAAGAUGGCCGCGGCAGGGCGUUAAAGUUCAGAGUUCAUCCUGGUUGGACCAGGGAGGAUUUUCACCAGCAGCAUCAGAACAGGAAGUGGAAACUUUACUUCCACAGUGGCAGUUUCCAUUAAACAGGAAAUUAAAUUAAGUUCAAACAUGAACAAGCCGUUAAAAAUCAAGGAUGACGAAGGUCCGUUACCAUAACAACUAUUCCUGGACGAUAAUCAGAGGUGAGAAAAGUAAAAAAAUAUUUGGCAGAGAAGUUUACUCUAUUAUUGAGUAACUGAUGAAAUAUUUAAAAAUGACAUCAUCAGACAAACUGGACCAAGAGACUGUCUUCAGUCAGAGGCUUCUUCAGGUUCACUGUAACACAGACUGCUACAGGAGAUCUUUCCUGCCUACAGCAUCAUCAUCAUCAGUAACUCUUUCAAUUGAGCCAAAUUAUAGAAUUAAGUGGAUAUUUUAGUAUUUUAGGGACCAAACUGACAAUAAUUCAUAUAAGUAGCAAUAAAACAAAAUUUGACAAAAUUUUUCCAAAUCAGUUUAAGUGAAAAACUUCUGAACCUUUAACAGAAACUUCAGGUGUGUGUCUGGUUCUGGUUAAAACAUUUUUGAUUUUCAUUCAGUGGGAAGAAAAUCCAGAAAUUUUACUCAAGUAAAAGUAAAAAUACUCUAAAAAGUAAUUUUUUGUAACCAGUUUCAGUUUUUAAUACAUCAAAACUUACAUGAAACCAUUGGGACAUUUCCCAGUCUGGAAGCCUCCUUUCACCCCAGUUUGACCAAUCCAUCCCAGUUACUGGACUGAACUGGCCUUACCCCCCCGACCCCCAACCGAUGCAAUUUGAACACUGACAGUUGAACCGACGUGCCUUUCUUAGAGUCCAUAUCAUGGAGGAAGACAUUUCCUGGUCUUUUAAUAGGAUGCAAGCUUAGGGAAACCUGUUGUUAGCGGUUAGCUUCUAUGCAGUCAGGUUUUUUACCAGACCUGGGAAUUUAAAAAAAGAGAAAAAGGUUAAAAAAAGUAUUUUUUUGGAUAAAAAAUAAAACAAAAAUAUAAACUGUAUUUAAUGUACUGUAUGCUUACCUGUAAGUAGACGGCGUGUUCUGGAGUAGACGCUUCGAUUUAGCGAGACCAGCCCCUGUCCCAGUCCUCCCAGUCCUCCCAGUCCUCCAUAGCCCCAACCCCAGGUUCCUGUCCAACCCUCUGUCCACGGUGGACAACUGCGUCUCUUCUUGUAUUAUAGCUUAUCGGCUUUUUAUCAAUAUUUGAUCGGCUUGUCCGUAAGCCAAUGUAGUCUUCAGUACUCAGUGUGUGGUUGUUUGUUGUAAAACUAUUUUUUUCUUUUGCCCCUCUUCUCUUGCUCUUUCUUUUUUUAAAGAAUGAUUUUUGUUUCUUAUUACUUUUUUGUCUGUUCUGGUUUACAUGUCUAAUAGAAAAACUGUAAAAAGAAUAAAAAAACUAAACGAAAGGGAAACAAAAGAACUCAAUUCGCCAUCCAGCAGCAUCGUUCAAAUCCCAAACAUCCAACAGGAGGCAAGGAAACUGGAAAGAAUCUAUUUGAAUAAAUAAAUCGAUCUAUAUAUAAAUGUACAAAAGUAUAUACGAUAUAUAACGAGGGUGCCGUUUCUGUUUUUUAUUGAUAUUAUCAGUGUUUGUUUUUGGGGAGGAGUUAUUUUGUCACAGACUGAACCGACAGAAAACGGCGACGCCCCUCAGUGUUAGAAAUUUUCACCUUGACUGCUCCGUAUUCUUCGUUACGGCAAGUACGGCAUCCUGCACGGGACAAAAAUAACGGGACCGGAGUUCCACAGCAACAACAACAACACACAGACAUUUGUAAAUUGUAUGCAACAAAAAUUGCAAACUUUACCAUUAUUUUGAAAUUGUGUAUGUAAAAGUUAUAUUUUUACAUGUAGACGGUUGUUAUUUUGUGUUUUAGAAAUAUGUUGUACCGUUUUUCUUUUUUGUUUUUUGUUAAAAGAUGAAAAAGUACAAUUCAGUGUGUGUUGAAAAAAAUGUGUCACAUUGAAAAUGUAGUGAGAUCAAAAGUUCAGAACUCAUUUGUUUUUUAUUUUUACUACGUUUUUAUCUUUAAGGGUUUCAAGUUGAGGAAUCAGAAGUGAAAAUAUUCCCGUGUGUUUUUCCCUCGCAGCGUUCCUUACGUCUCCAGUUGCAGAAAUGUGUGUAAAUAGUCAUCAGCCGGUUUCCGUGGAAACGCUAGAGGCACGACGAUCACGACAGCGAACGCUGAUUUUUACCGGUGCCAACCUUUGGUUUUGGUUUUGGUUCGGUCAGAGCCGACUCGCCAACAGUCCUGAUAGAUUCCUGCCAAAAAUCACAGCGUUUGGAUAUUUUUUUUAAACUGUAAAAGCCAGUUGAACGCAUCUGUGGAAACGUCUUUUGGAUGGUUGAACAAAUUUUUGGACAAAUUUCAACUAACUCUGGUAGCCAAAGAGUGUAAAUCAGCUCGGCGCCCCCUGGUGGCUGUGGGUCGACUGUGACUGCUUUUGUUAUCUGGAAGAAGGCGUGUAAAUGUUGAAUGAAUGGAAAACCCUCAGCACCUGAUUGGAGAUUAAUAUAUGAUGAUGAUAUUAGGAGAAGAUUGGAGCGUUGCUAAUAUAAUGCCAACAAUCUCAUCAGCUAUUUCCCCAAAAACGGAUCGGAUGGAGAGCAAGGCACUGCAGUCGCAGUGUUUAGUGUUUGCCGUUCAGACUGAGCUGCUCUGACUUGGACCUGGGUCAAACACUAGGAUCGAAUCUGCUAAAUGUGUUUUAGUUCAUGUUAUUUUUGAAAUUUUUCAUUUCAUAUUUUCUUUGUUGUAUACUCGUCUCCCAGGUUACAGAUCCUCAUUUUGUUCCCCUCCAUCGGUUCUAUUAGCGGAGCUGUUAACUUUUCGUUCCUUGUUGUACAUACACGCCUCAUUUCUCUUUUUCAGUGACUGUGCCAUGAGCUUUGUAAUCUGUUAAUCUGUACCAGUUUAACUGCAAUAAUGAGUUGAAUUCAAAAUGGACUUUUUUCUGUGGUUUUUAUAUUUGUUCUUGUGUGAUUGGUUGUGUUUUAUGAAAAAGGACAGUUAAAUAUAAACCACACAGUUUCAGUAAGACGUUGA